AUGUCCAACUCUGACAUUAUCGACAGCAAGGACGGCGGCAAGCCGUUUGUACACCACGUGGAACAAGCGGACCCCCAGAAUACCCUAGUCGCCCUCUCAAAGGACAGCGUCCUCGCACAGGUCGACGACUUCGUCAAUGCCCACGGUCUCCAGGAAUACAAAGAUGUGUUCCGCAAGGGCGCGCUCGUAGCGCAGCGCCCUUACGACUUUGCCGCCAUGGCCGAACUCGACGACGAUGACAAGACGUCGCUCGCCUACGAGCUGGCUCACAAGUGGCACCUGCCGUGGAUGAUGUACUAUUCAGUGGUUGUCUGUGCACUUGGAGCGGCCACGCAGGGUUGGGACCAGACUGGUUCCAAUGGCGCAAACCUUUCGUUCCCCCAGGAAUUCGGCAUCGCCACACCCAUUGGCCAGCCAGGUGGUGCGCGAGACGAGUGGAUAGUCGGCUUUGUUAAUUCGUCCCCAUACAUUGCUGCUGCAAUGGUAGGAUGCUGGUUGUCGGACCCACUCAACAAUCUAUUCGGCCGACGCGGUGAAAUAUUCAUCACCGCCCUCUGCCUCAUCGCCACUCCCAUCGCCUCGGCCUUUACGCACAGCUGGCAAGCGCUUGUUGCUGUGCGCCUUGUCAUGGGUUUGGGUGUUGGUGCCAAGGGAGCAACGGUGCCCAUGUACUGCGCCGAGCUGUCGCCUGCUCCUAUCCGUGGCGCACUCACCAUGGGUUGGCAGCUGUGGACGGCAUUUGGCAUCUUCAUCGGGUUCUGUGCGAAUGCCGUGGUCAAGGACACUGGAAAGAUUGCCUGGCGCCUCCAGCUCGGGUCCGCCUUCAUCCCCGCCGUACCCCUCGCCGUCGGCAUCCUGUUCUGUCCCGAGAGCCCGCGGUGGUACAUGAAAAAGGGCCGCAUGGUGGAUGCGUGGCACUCAAUGCGCAGGAUCCGCAACACUGAGCUACAGGCUGCCCGUGAUCUGUUCUACGCAUAUGUCCAGUACUCGGAGGAACAGAAGAUUGUCCAGGGACGCACGUAUGUCUCUCGCAUCGUCGAGCUGUUCACCAUCCCCCGCUGUCGGCGCGCGACGCUUGCGGCACUCGUCGUCAUGCUUGCGCAGCAGAUGUGCGGAAUCAACAUCAUGUCAUUUUACUCGUCGACAAUCUUCAAGCAGGGCGGAUAUUCGGACUCGCAAGCACUCUUUGCGUCCAUCGGCUUUGGCGCGCUCAACUUUGUCUUUGCUAUCCCUGCAGUCUUCACCAUCGAUACGUAUGGCCGCCGGGCGCUCCUCCUCGCUACGUUCCCCAACAUGUGCUGGACACUACUCGCCGGCGGCUUCUGCUUUUUCAUCAAGGACGAGACCAUCCGAACCUCGCUCGUCGCCAUGUUUGUAUACCUCUUUACGAUUGCCUACUCGCUAGGCGAGGGUCCUGUCCCAUUCAUGUACGCAGCCGAGGUAUUCCCCUUGGCCCAACGCGAGCAAGGCAUGGCCCUCAGCGUAGCAUGGAAUAACGGGUGGGCGUCCGUACUCUCGCUCACGUUCCCCCGCCUCCUCCGCGCCUUCACACCAACCGGUGCCUUCGGCUUCUACGCUGGGCUUAACGCGCUGGCCUUUGUUUGGAUCUACCUCUGGGUCCCCGAGACCAAACAGCUCACGCUCGAAGAGCUGGACCAAGUCUUCGCCGUCCCUGCUCACACAUUCUCCAAUUACCAAGUCACCAAGGUCGCGCCGUACUGGUUCAAGCGCUACAUUCUGCGCCAGAAAGGCCUGUAA